AAGAUUUUGUUUGACUGUCGGAUGCUUAACAAGCGGACCGCAUAGGUUUGUUGUCACACAUGCCAAACUAGAAAAGUGUUUAGCAAACUUGUUUAUAAAAAAAAUGUUCCUUUACACUUUUCAAGCUGACGAUGAUUUGAAAAUAUGUACGUUAAUGACAGGAGACAAAACGGCGAGGAUGCGAAAGGGGAAAUUAAUAUUGUAGCUACCGAACAGGCUAAUACUGCAAACGGACAGUGUCCAGAAGUGAAAAUAUCUGUUAAAAUCUGCUAGCUCGUUAAUACGACCAGCUAGCUACCUAUAUAUGGCAAAUGAAUGACUGAAUAUUAUCUGUCCAGUUGUGUAUUCAGCUUAAUAACUCGUGGGUUGAUGUUGCUAGCCUUCACGUGUUGCUUAUAUCCAGCUGGAUCAGACUCAUUAUCAGCUGCAUUGAGCGGAUAUGAUUUGUAACUAGCGGCGCUGUGGUGUGUAGUUGUUGUAGUUUUGAGUUGUUGUCUAUGUCUCUGCGCUCUGCUUAGGUCCUCUGCUUGAAACGGAGACCCACACACAGGAAGACAGGUGAGCUGACAGACCGGUAGACAGACAGACCGGUAGACAGACAGACCGGUAGACAGACAGACUGGUAAGCAGACAGACUGGUAAGCAGACAGACCGGUAAGCAGACAGACCGGUAAGCAGACAGACCGGUAAGCAGACAGACUGGUAAGCAGACAGACUGGUAGACAGACAGACCGGUAGACAGACAGACUGGUAAGCAGACAGACCGGUAGACAGACAGACUGGUAAGCAGACAGACUGGUAAGCAGACAGACCGGUAAGCAGACAGACCGGUAAGCAGACAGACCGGUAGACAGACAGACCAGUAGACAGACAGACCGGUAAGCAGACAGACCGGUAAGCAGACAGACCGGUAGACAGACAGACUGGUAAGCACACAGACCGGUAGACAGACAGACUGGUAAGCAGACAGACCGGCAGACAGACCGGUAAGCAGACAGACUGGUAAGCAGACUAGCUCAUAGAUGGACUGAAACUCGAACCCACAGAACCAGCCUCAUCAACAGACACUCAGACAGCUGACUAACCCACAGACAGAUAGACAGACAGGCAGACAGCUGAACUCACCCACAGACAGGCAGACAGACAGCUAAGCUCACAGACAGACCUGUGGACUGCCAGCCCAGUCAUGAUCCUGGUGGAUCCAGGCGUGUUCAUUGGUGCGGUGACAGACCUGACAGAGCCGGCAUUGGCCGAGGCAGCUGUCACUCACAUCCUGAGCGUGGACUCUGAGGAGCCCGUCCUAUCUGGAGGCCAGUUCACCAGGAAGUUCCUAAGGCUUCAGGACGAGCCAACCAGUGACCUGCUCAGUCACCUCGACCAAUGUCUGGCCUUCAUUCUGGAUGCCACGGUGACCAAUGCAACGUCAACCACCCUAACAAAGACCGCCACUGUCCUGGUCCACUGUCACGCAGGGCGGAGUCGGAGUGCUGCCGUGGUAACGGCCUACCUUAUGAGACGACACCAGCUGAGCUUCCAGGAAGCGUACUGCAGGCUGCAGCAGGCCGCGCCCUCCGUAGAGGUGAACCAGGGCUUCCAGGAGCAGCUAGGUCUAUAUGAGUCUAUGGGCUGUCAGCUGGACACCAACAGCCCCCUCUACAAGCAAUACAGACUGCAGAAGAUCACUGAGAAGUACCCAGAGCUGCGGAGCGUGCCCAGAGAGGUGUUUGUGGCCGACCCCCCCGCCCAGGGCUCCGCCCCCGCCCAGGGCUCCGCCCCCGCCCAGGGCUCCGCCCCCAACUGCCCUGAGACAACCUACAGAUGCAGAAAGUGCCGUCGGACAUUAUUCCGGGAGUCCAGUCUCCUCAGCCAUCCCAUAGGGGGCGGAGCUUCUUCCUUCAGCUACAGGAAGUGCCUGCCCCCAGGGGGCGGAGACCAGAGUCGCUGCACCUCCUACUUCAUAGAGCCCGUCCAAUGGAUGGAGCAGGCCCUGCUGGGUGUCAUGGAUGGACAGCUGCUGUGCCCUAAGUGCUCGUCUAAGCUGGGCUCCUUCAGCUGGUGUGGAGACCGCUGCUCCUGUGGACAGUGGGUCACGCCUGCCUUCCAGGUCCACCAGGCCAGGGUGGACCGCAUCACACGCUGAACACACACUCAUACACACAUACACACACACACUCAUACACACACUCACACGCUGAACACACACGC